AUGGCCCAGCGAAGCCCAAUCUUCCCAACUCUUGCCCCUUCUGAAAGCAUCCAUGAGCUCCGUUGCUUUCCAUGGAAGCUACAGUGCAUACCUCUCUUGAAAAAUCUGGACAAUUAUUUGAGACGGGUUCGAAACAUACCACUGCACAGCCAGGCCCUGACCGCGGUCCCACUGGCAUCUGCAAGCCUGGUGGAUCAGCUGGAAGACAGAAUCCUAAGCCAUGAGAAAACAACGGCGGCUCUUGUGGAACACGCUUUUCGCAUUAAGGAGGACAUUGUUUCCACUCUGCACAGAAUGCAGAACAAAGGGGGGGGUGACCGGUUGGCUAGGCAACUCUUGGAAGAACAUAUCCGAAACAUAACGGCAAUAGUGAGGCAGCUUAAUCGGGACAUUGAGAUGCUGCAGGAACAGAUACGUGUCAGAGACAAUCUCAGCUAUGGAACAAAUUCUACCCUGAAGAGUCUGGAAAUGCGGCAGCUUUCUGGUUUAGGAGAUCUUCGGGGAAGAGUUGCAAGGUGUGAUGCUGGGCUAGCUAGACUGUCUGCAGAGCAUAAAAUUACGUAUGAAAGACUUCAAAGCCUAACUAAAGACCAACACACCUCCAAGCUCAUCUUAGAAUCUAAAAUCAAAGAGGCAGAAAUACAGAUUUCUCAUCUUCUGAGCCGAGUAGAGCAAUCAAUAAUGCAGCAAGAAGCAAAGCUGAAGAUCGCCUACAAAGAGAGCAACCAACAGCUCCACCUGCUGGACAUGAAGUUAAAAAAUGCUAUUGAGGAACUCAGCAGCCAGAUUUUGUCUGCACGUAGCUGGCUGGAACAGGAACAUGAAAGGAUUGAAAAAGAGCUUGUGCAAAAAAUUGACCAACUCUCACUGACUUUUAAGGAAAACACUGAAAUGAGUGAAAGAGCUAUAGAGAUGAAAUUCAACCAAAUGGCAGAGAAAAUUGACAAAAUAGAAGAAAUACAGAAGAUAACCAUGGAAGCACAUGAAGCAAAACACACUGAAGAAAAGAUAAACAUUCGCAUUGGCAAACUUCAAAAUGAGAUUAAUGAAGACAUAAAAGAAAUGAAAGCUGAAGUUAAUGCUGGAUUUGCAGCUAUCUAUGAGAGCAUUGGGUCUCUACGGCAAGUUCUAGAAGCGAAAAUGAAGCUGGACAGAGAUGAACUACAGAAGCAGAUCCACCAAAUGAAGCAGGAGGUUCCAACAUGGGGAGAGGCCAGACCAUGACUGCAAGAUUUUGUCUGAGAGAUUAAUGUUUACCUGGCUAAAUAGGCAGACUAUUGUUCCAGUCUGUAAUCCAAAUUAAAUGCAGGUACCAGAUGACAUGCUGCUGUUGCACAGGUCCGUAUGUUUACUUGAAGUGGUAAAUGCAAGCUCUUCAUAGAUCAACUGAUGACAAGCUUUUAUGGGCUGAGGUGCUGGUUUGCCACUGCACUACUCUAGUCGCUCUCAGGAGAUUAACCACCAUGUAAAACUGGAGUAAUAUA